AUGAUCACCAAGUAUUUCUCAAACGUGCUGGUAAAAUUCAACCCGUUCAGCACUGGUGCCAAGAGCGCGAGAAUUUUUCUCUCGCGCAUGCCACCUACAGCGAGGAUUGACUUCAAGCUUCUUAAGAACCCAUCCGACCAACAAGAAAUUAAGGUUUCAUUUAAAGACAAACAUGUCAUGACUGCUGACCCUAGUGCUAUGACUGUCGCUGAUUUAGGUGACUAUUUUGACUCGCAUUCAAGAAAGUUGGCUAUAAAAGAUUCCAUCCAGGAAUAA